AUGUCGUCCUCAUACCCCAACCUCACGACCUUCAACGGUCUAAGCUUCGACUGCUACGGCACGCUCAUCGACUGGGAAUUCGGCAUGCACGCGCACCUGCUCCCCCUAACCACCCAACUGCCCGCAUCCCACACCUACAACACCAACCCGCCGCACGCCGCGCUCCGCCGCCUCAACGCCCUAACCAGCGCGCACGAGCGCGCGCAACCCACGCUGCCCUACCCGGAGGUCCUAACCACCUCGCUCGCCGAACUGGCUGCGGAGCUCAGCCUCCCACCCCCGUCCCCCGGCGCCUUGUCCGCCUUCGGCGCCUCCCCGGGGACCUGGGUGCCGUUCGCCGACACCAUCGCCGGCCUGCAGGUUCUAAAAAAGCACUACAAGCUCAUCAUCCUCAGCAACGUCGAUAACACCAACAUCGCCUCUACCACCUCGAAGCAGCUAGGGGGUUGGCCAGACGGCGUGGCGUUCGACGCCAUGUACACAGCCCAAGACAUCGGCAACUACAAGCCCGCCCUCCAAAACUUCGAGUACCUGUUCAGCCACGCGAAACAAGACCUGGGGGUUGAUUUUGAAGGGGGCGAUCUGCUGCAUGUGGCGUGCAGUCUGUACGCGGACCAUGUCCCGGCCAAGGAGCUGGGGCUAAGAAGCGUGUGGAUCUCGCGCGGCGCGGAGAGGGAGGGUCAUCAGGGCAUUGGGGGGCUGACGGACGAGAUGCGGGGGAAGACGAGCUUUGAGUGGCGGUUUGAUACGAUUGGGGAGUUUGCGGAUGAGGUUGCGAGGCAGUUUGGUGCUCAGAAGUGA